AUGCCUAUCUUUUGUGAAUACGGUUUUGGCCCAGCACUCCCCUGGGUGUCUGGGCUGCCUCAUGGACGCUUGCUGGAGUACAUCUGCAGCAAGCCUCACUUUGACGAGAUCCAGGCAGCGGAGUACAUGAGACAACUUCUGGACGUAGUGCAGUACCUCCACAACUGCCGCAUCGCACACCUCGACAUUAAGCCUGAGAACCUUCUGGUGGAAGUUGGCGCAAUGGGAACUGGUCUCAAGCUGACUGACUUUGGUGACGCCCGACACAUCUACAACAACUACUAUAUCCACCCCAUCAUGGGCAACACUGAAUUCAUGAGUCCAGAGUUGAUCAGUGGAACUCCAGUGGGCCUCCUCACUGAUAUCUGGAGUAUCGGCAUCAUCGUGUACGUUCUGCUCAGCGGGGUGUCCCCUUUCCUGGAUGAGAGUCAGGAGGAAACAUGCUCUAACAUUGUCCGUAAUGACUACUGCUUCCCGAUGAGUACUUCGCGGGCAUCUCCCAGGAUGCCAAGGACCUGA